CUGGAAACCAUUGUAUUGCGGGAUGUAGUAUGCGGGAAAGUUGUUUACUUUAAAAUCCCGAUUUGUAUGUUGAAGGGAGGCUUAUGACCCUUAUGUUUGGAAGCGAUUCCACCGAAAAGGCUCGCAAUUGAAUCUGACAACAUUAUUUUAGUGGCUUAUAUCAGGUGGUUUAUCCGCAGCCGUCCAGUUUUUCAGUCACAGUAGCAAGCGAAAAACUAACGUACCAAAAUCUGCUAAUAUUUUUUUUUUUUUUCCCUUUCCUACCUUUUGCCAAUACUAUUUUUCUUUUGUACAAACAACCUUAGAGCUGUCUUCGUCCUCCUUCCUUGAACUACAUUAUCCUUCAUUUACAAAAGAAAAAUUAAUAUGACGAAAUAUAUUGUCGUUUCUGGUGGUGUUAUUUCUGGUAUUGGCAAAGGUGUUAUCGCUUCAAGUACCGGUACUCUUUUGAAGAGUAUGGGUCUGCGUGUGACAGCUAUCAAAAUUGAUCCUUAUCUUAACAUUGAUGCUGGUUUAAUGAGUCCUUUAGAUCAUGGUGAAGUAUUUGUUUUGAACGACGGUGGUGAAGUUGAUUUAGAUUUGGGUAACUACGAACGUUUCCUUGAUGUCGAAUUGAGCCGUAUCAACAAUAUCACCACUGGCAAGAUCUACAGUGAAGUUAUUGAAAAGGAACGUAAGGGCGACUAUCUUGGUAAAACCGUGCAAGUUGUCCCUCACAUCACUGAUGCUAUUCAAAAUUGGGUUGAGAAAGUCGCCGAAAUGCCUAUUGAUGGCUCUGGCGAAAAGCCUGAUGUAUGUAUUAUCGAAUUGGGUGGUACAGUUGGUGAUAUUGAGUCAGCUCCCUUCGUAGAAGCGAUGCGUCAAUUCCAAUUCCGUGUUGGACAUGACAACUUCUGUUUGAUUCAUGUCUCUUUGGUUCCUGUUGUUGGUUCUGUUGGUGAGCAAAAGACAAAGCCUACUCAAAUGAGUGUUCGUGAUCUUCGUGGUGCUGGUCUCACCCCCGAUCUUAUUGCUUGUCGUUCUUCCAAGAUCCUUGAACCCAGUGUUGCUUCCAAGAUCUCUAUGUUCUGUCAUGUUGCUCCUGAACAAGUAUUGGCAAUCCAUGAUGUCUCUUCUGUCUAUCAUGUCCCUAUUUUGAUGCGCGAACAUGGUGUCAUUGAUUUCUUCCGUCGCCGUCUCAAUCUUGAUGCCCUUAAGAUCAGCGAUGAACGUCGAUUGGCCGGUGAUGAACUUUGGAACAAAUGGACUACUUUAGCUGGUAGCUACGAAGACCUUCAUGAAACCGUCACUAUUGCCCUUAUUGGCAAGUAUACCAACCUUCACGAUUCUUAUAUCUCAGUUUAUAAAGCACUUGAACAUGCUGCACUUGCCUGUAAGCGCAAAUUACAAAUCAAAUGGAUCGAAGCCACCGAUUUGGAACAAGAGACUCUCAACACAGACCCCAUCAAAUUCCACGAUUCAUGGCAAAACCUCUGCUCUUCAGACGGUAUUUUAGUACCUGGUGGUUUUGGUAACCGUGGUAUUGAAGGAAUGAUUAUGGCUGCUAAAUGGGCUCGUGAGAACAAGAUCCCUUACUUGGGUAUCUGUCUUGGUAUGCAAAUUGCUGUUAUUGAAUUCGCUCGUAAUGUCUGCGGUAUGGCUGAUGCUGACUCCGCUGAAAUGAACCCUGAUACACCUACUCCUGUUGUUGUGUACAUGCCCGAAAUCUCUAAGACACACAUGGGUGGUACUAUGCGUCUUGGUCUUCGUGCUACUGUCUUCCAAGAAGGCACAGAAAACUCUCGUGUUCGCAAAUUAUAUGGCAACAAGCCUUCUAUUGAUGAACGUCAUCGUCAUCGUUAUGAAGUCAACCCUGAACAUGUUGGUAAAUUCGAAUCUAAGGGUCUUAAAUUUGUUGGUAAGGAUGAAACUGGUCAGCGUAUGGAAAUUGUUGAAAUGGAAGGUCAUCCUUAUUUCGUUGGCUGCCAAUAUCAUCCUGAAUAUUUAACUCGUCCUUUGACUCCUUGUCCUCUCUUCAAGGGUCUCAUUUUGGCUGCUGUCGGUCAACUCGAUGCUUCCUUGUAAAUAACUUAUUGUAUUUUUCUAUUUUUUUCUUUUUCUCCUUCUCCACCCAAUUUUUUCUUUUUUUUUGUAAUAGAGAUAAUUAUAAACCCCAC